AUGGCGACAACAACAACAACAUCGGGAAACACGUCCUCGUACAGCGACUGCGUGACCGCCCUCCGCACCUCGCUCUCCUUCCUCGAGUCGUCCGUCUCGACCCUCGGCAACGGCGUGUCCGACUUCCCCCGUCUAGUCAACGUGCUCAAGACCGUCCGCCACUACGAACUAAUCCCCCAGCCCACCCUCGCCGCCGCCGAAGCCUCCCUCCGCGACGAGAUCGGGCCGGCAACCGCGCUCCUGCUCGACCGCGCCGACGCGCACAUCGACCGCGUCGAGCGGCGUAUCGACUCGCUGAAAGCGCGGUCCGAACUGCAACAAGGGCGCCUACAACAAGACUCAUCCAUAUCCACCUAUUCAAAGGGAAAAGGAAACGCGAAGAACAUGAAAGAGAAUGUGAAGCCUGGGCGGUCCCUAGAAGGCAGCGCCAAGCUCCGCGCCCGCGUCGUCCGCCAGCGCAGGGAGGCGCUGCAGUACAGCGUCGAGAGGCUGGAGCUCGAGGUGCUGCAGAAGGAGCGGGAGCUGCGGAAGAGGCUUGGGGAGGCGGCGUGA